AUGCAUUAAUCAACGACCUACAUUUUCGAUCAAACAAAUAUUGCCGUUAACAGAACCUUUUAUGGAUACUAUAUUAAUUUUUUUUUCUUCAUAAGUAAUUUACUCAUGUUGCAUUAUUGGCAGGAGGAUAACAGUAGGCGUUCUCUUAUUUAUACAAUUCUAUGCUGACAGUUAUUUUUAGUCCAUGUAUGGUUUAGGAAAUGUAAUUUCUCUUAAAAUUUGUAUUUGUUGUUCAUAAAUGAAAGUGAAAUUAAACAGGAGGCAAUCACGUGUUUGCAUCGUUGUAGUAGGGAGCGAGACAUCCAGAGUACGUACUACAUCCGUGAUUAGAUGAACAUGGCGCAGGGGAAACAGGCCAUCGGUGGACUGUAAACAAGAGGAAAUUUUGGGAUAGGAUUGACAUAGUACCAUGCACGUGUGAAAUGGUCUCAAAAUCGAUAUACUGGACCACUUGUUCUGCUUCAUUGAUGACUACGAGGCGACAGAUUGAGUGCAACACAUCCAAUUGCAUUCAUAAACAUUUCUAUAGGACUUCAAACCCCUGAGCAUUCAGUGUUUUGGAUAUUUAAACAACAAAUCCUUGUUUUAUUGUGGAUGGCAUACUUGCACGACCAAAUGGCUGCAACUGGAAAAGUCAAACUUAGUAAAGAUAUGCCCCAAGGCGUUGAGAGGUUAAAAGAGGAGCACAGAAAGGUCAGGAGUAACGAUUAUUUCAUAUCCCACCAAUGCAUUCCCGCAGAUAUCAAAGCUUAAAGUCCAUGCACGUGAUCAAUCAUCAGCAUCGAUUCAUUAGUCGUAUGUUUAUGUUUUUGCAGGAUAGUCCUAGUAUUACGCGUUUCGUUUUCUGGAAAGUUCUUUGUGUAUCACGUGUUGCUGUUGACUUAGCUGGUUGCAAACAGUUAUUUUGCUUUGGUGUAUGUGUGUUUCUUAUACUUUGCAAUAAAAUGCACGUACAUAUUUAUAAGCAAUGUAUUAUAACAGUAAAUUAUUCAUGUAAGGCUAGAAAACAAUCUUUGUUCCAGCACAUGUUUUCCACGCUGCCAAAAUGCACACUAGCAAAAGCUUACAGUACUGUUGUUACAGUAGGUAGUUUACAUGCUGUGAAACGACUCCAUGUGAAGGUGGUGAAAGAUUGCAGAAGUCAAAUAGAGCACUGGAAAAAAGUGGAAAAUGACUAUGAAUCUCUUCAAGACCGCCUCAGGACUUUGCCUGACAAGUUGUCUUAUGAUAUUAUGGUACCAUUUGGUCCCUUGGCUUUCAUGCCGGGAAAGCUAGUUCACACUAAUGAGUUAACGGUGCUCCUCGGGGAUAACUGGUUUGCAAAGUGUUCUGCCAAACAAGCCGAUGCUCUUGUGGAACACAGAAAGAAACAUGUCAAAAAUACGCUAGAUGACUUACAGAAAGUGAUGAAGAACUUUCAGAACAGAGCCGACUUUACAGAUGAUCUCGAAAAAUUGACUGGUGAUGCUGGAGAUUUUGCAGACAUUAGAGAAGAAGUUAUAAAUGAGGAAGAAGUUACCAAAGGAAAACCUCGUCUGGCCCUCAAACCCAACUCUAAACCUAAGCAGGAGUAUUUGUUGGAGCUGGAGGAGGACAAGGAGAAGAAAGAAGGUGAUGAAGAGAGAACGACGGGGGUGCUGUCAGAGGAGGAGCUGUGGGCUCGACUUGAUGAACUAGAACGUCAGGAGGAACUUCAAGAUGAGAGAUACCGAUUGGACAGCACAGACACUAAUGGAGAAGACACCACUUCCUCCUCGGAGGAAGAGAAGGAAGCAGAUGGUGGCAGCGAUGUCCAGGUUAAUGGCCAUCAGAAGGAAAAUGGCUGGGUACCGUCAUCUAUCACAAGUCAGAUGAAUGGCACUAAUGGCUCGCACCCUGAGGAUGAGGAGGAGGAAGAUUGUAAUGAGGAAGCAAGCAAUGGUCUUCCAACUAUCUACUUUUCUCACACUGCAGAAUUCAAAAAGGUCAGGAUAAAUACAGGCAAGAACACCACUCUAAAAUUCAGUGAAAGAAAUGAACAAAAGGCGCAAGCCAAGCGAAAAAAGAAAAGUGGCAAAAGCAACGGCCAUUCUCCUCAUGAAAGUUACAAGAUCACAAGCCCAGCAGACAUUUAUAGGGUAUUUGUGGACUUGGUGAAUGGAGAGCCAAUACCACGCAAGUCCAUUUUGAAGUCCCGCAGCCGCGAGAACAGCGUGUGCAGUGACACCAGCGAGAGCAGCACAGCUGACUUCGAAGAGCGCCGUGCUGCUUUUGGACGAUCGUGGAGCCAUGAUGACGCCACACACAGUGAUACCAGCGAUGGCAUUACAGAGGAGGAAAGCCCCACUGGAACGUGCCCCCGCACUAAUGGACGCUUUGAGGCUUUUACCGGCACAGUGAUUGAAAAGGAUCCCCUGCCUUGUUCCAUCCCACACCUGACCAUCGCUCCUCCUGCCUUACCCACAAUCCCUGAGAGAAAGCUGGAGGAGGUGGGCCCCGAAGCUCCUCAGGAGCCACCCAAGAGGAUGUCCAAGUUUAAAGCUACACGGUUGCAUCAGAAAUGAGAGUUCAUCUCAUCAGCACACAACUUCUGAAUUCGGUUUUGUACAACAGUAACACUUAUAAACUGACUUUCUAAGUGGCUGUCCUCUUCAUCUGUCCUCCAUGCUGUACUGUCAUCUGUCUUUUUUUUUUUUUUGUGACAUGCUGUGCACCCUGGAAAUUUUAUUUGCUCUAUAAGAGUAAUUAAUAGAGAUGAUAAAUGAUUUCCCUGAUGUUUGCUUUUUUUAAAUGCCAGAUGGUUUGUUUAAAGAGAUGGUUCACCAGAAAAUGAGAACUGUCAUCAUUUACUUACGUCUCUUCUUGUCUUUUCUUCUGUGCAACACAAAGGAAGUUAUUUUGAAGGAAGUCGUUGUUCCACAGAAGAAAGUAAUACAGGUUUGGAUUGUCAUGAGAUUAAUUAAAUAAUGACAGAAUUUUCUUUUUUGUGUGAGCCACUACCCCUUUAAGUUAUGAAGAAGUUGCACAUGUUAGUAUCUUUUGUGUGUGUAAGUUAAUAGGUGAAUAAUAGUUAAAAAUAGAAUGGAAAAAAUAAAAUGCUAAAACAGUAGUGUUAGUGACAUCACGACUACUGUCAUUAUCAUGUGGUCUAUGAUGUGAUUUAUUAUGGAAAAUGCUUUAUCACAGUUUAUUCUCAUUUUGUUAAUUCAUGCCUUAUGUGCAACUUUGAUAUAUGGUGGUCAUGAAAUAGCUGCCAGUUUCUGUUAGCUAAAAAAAAUAAUAAUAAUUAUCCCUUCUGAA